AUGUCCCGAUUCGGAGCGAAAAAGGGCAGAAAGCUGCCCGGCGCAGAAUUUACCUGGGACAAUGACCCAAACGGGGAACCAGACACUGCGCCUACACCCCUCUACCCUAAAUACGCCGUCCCGCAAGCCCGAUCCCUAAACGAGCGCGAACAAAAGCAAGUCGAUCUGUACCGGGCUCUUCGCGAGCAGAUCCACGACGGUCCCUACUACUCUGUUCUUGAUCCGGGGUUGUCGGGCAGGAAAACGAAGGCGGCGAGACAGCAUUUCGAUCCGUUUCACGGUAUGCAGUCUUAUUCGGGGAAGUAUCAGAAGAAGAAGAGGGCUAUUCCGAAAUUGAGUGGGCGGCCUUAUAUUAUGAAGUACUUCCCCCGCGACGAUCUUUGGGAGGUCAUUCAGCCGAACUUCAAGGCCGGUGCGGCGGUGGAUGGGUUCGUUGCGCGGAUGGUGCGGCCGCCGCUUAAGCGUGGAUUCGAGGAUGAUGAUGAAGAGGAAGAGGAAGAUAUCGGGAAGCGGCGGAAGACAGGCGAUGAGGAUGAUGAGGGUGGGGAGAAUGAUGAUCUCCUGGAACCGGAUGAUGAGCAGGGUGAGGAGGAGAUUAUGGACGAUGACUUUGAGGAUGACGAUGAUGAGAUGGGUGGCGACUACAACGCUGAGCAGUACUUUGAUGGCGGUGAUGAUGAAUAUGGGGACGAUGGAUUCGGGGAUGGUGGCGGUGGCGGUGAUGAGGAUACUUAUUAA